AUGUCCGAAACCAUCCCAGAAUCCAUUCCCACCUCCCACGACCCACGAAGCAAACGCCCUCUCAAGAAGCGCGCCCUAACACCUCGCUCCGAAACCGCCAGCGCAAUCUCCUCCCUCUUCUCCAAACCCGACCAAGAGAUCCGCAUUCCCUCCGCGACCUCUCUGCAAAAAUACAAUGGCUCCGCGCCCCCAGAAAUUGUCGCCAAUGUACAAGGAAGUUCCGCAGGAGCAGGUAGUGGAGAAUUCCAUGUUUACAAGGCGAGUCGGCGACGGGAGUAUGAGCGGUUGAGAGCGAUGGAUGAGGAGGUGAAAAAUGAAGGCGAGGGAGCGGCGUGGGAGAAGGAGAAGAGGGAGAGGGAGGAGCGCGAUCGAGAGAAGACGAGGAAGAAUAGAGAAAAGAGGGAAAAAUUGAAGAAGAAGAAGCAGGGCGCGAAAGCGACGGAUGCUGCAGAGAAACCAGCAGCUGGCGGAGAAAUUAAAGCGAGAGUCAAUGGCCCGUCAGAUGGGGGCAAUAAAGAGGACGAGGCAGCGACCGAAGUCCAACAGGUUGGGGUAAUCAUUCAUGAUGAUGAUUGA